CCGGCCUCGGCCCGAGGCCGCCGGGCUCAGCGGGCGCAGCUAGAGGGUGCAUGUUGGGGCGUGCGGUCUGGAGGCGCUGCCCGCGGGGGCUGCGGCGCAGCCGGGAGGCGCUGCUGGCUCUGCUGGCGCUGGCUGGGCUGGGCGCGGUGCUGCGGGCUCGAAGCGGGUCUGGGACGGUUGAGAUCCGGACCGCGGUGGACCCGGUGCCCCCGCGCACUCCUCGCCCCGGGCGUCGCGAGCCGGUGCUACACAGGCCGCCGCUGGACGCCAAUGCCCUGGGCGCGCAGGGGGAGGCGGUGAAGUUGCAGCUGCAGGGCGAGGAGCUGCGUCUGCAAGAGGAGAGCGUGCGGCUGCACCAGAUCAACAUCUACCUGAGCGACCGCAUCUCGCUGCACCGACGCCUGCCUGAGCGCUGGAACCCUCUGUGCAAAGAGGAGAAAUACGAUUAUGAGAACUUGCCCAAGACUUCUGUUGUCAUAGCCUUUUAUAAUGAAGCCUGGUCAACUCUCCUUCGGACGGUGUACAGUGUUCUUGAGACCUCCCCUGACGUGCUGCUGGAGGAGGUCAUUCUGGUAGAUGACUACAGCGACAGAGAGCACCUGAAGGAGCGCUUGGCCAAUGAGCUGUCACAGCUGCCUAAGGUGCGCCUGAUCCGUGCCGGCAAGAGAGAGGGCCUAGUGCGAGCCCGGCUGCUGGGAGCCUCUGUGGCCAAGGGGGAGGUGCUGACCUUCCUAGACUGUCACUGUGAAUGCCACGAGGGGUGGCUGGAGCCUUUGCUGCGGAGGAUCCACGAGAAGGAGUCGGCAGUGGUGUGCCCCGUGAUCGACGUGAUUGACUGGAACACCUUUGAGUACUUGGGCAACUCAGGGGAGCCCCAGAUUGGAGGCUUUGACUGGCGACUGGUGUUCACGUGGCACGUGGUUCCCCAGCGAGAGCGGGAGUUGAUGCGGUCUCCAAUCGAUGUCAUCAGGUCUCCAACAAUGGCUGGGGGGCUGUUUGCUGUGAGUAAGAGAUAUUUUGAGUAUCUGGGGUCUUAUGAUACAGGCAUGGAAGUCUGGGGAGGAGAAAACCUCGAAUUCUCCUUCAGGAUCUGGCAGUGUGGUGGCACUCUGGAAACACACCCCUGCUCGCACGUGGGCCACGUGUUCCCCAAGCAAGCUCCCUAUUCGCGCAGCAAGGCCCUGGCCAACAGUGUCCGAGCUGCGGAAGUGUGGAUGGACGAGUUUAAAGAACUCUACUACCACCGCAAUCCCCGGGCCCGCCUGGAACCCUUUGGGGACGUGACGGAGAGGAAAAAGCUUCGGGCCAAGCUCCAGUGUAAAGACUUCCGGUGGUUCCUGGAGACGGUGUACCCAGAACUUCACGUACCAGAGGACAGGCCUGGCUUCUUUGGGAUGCUCCAGAACAAGGGACUCAAAGGGUACUGCCUUGACUAUAACCCUCCCAAUGAAAACCAAGUCGAUGGCCACCAGGUCCUUCUGUACCUCUGCCAUGGGAUGGGGCAGAACCAGUUUUUCGAGUACACAUCCCAGAAAGAAAUACGCUACAACACCCGCCAGCCCGAGGCCUGCGUAGCUGUGGAGGAAGGGAAGGAUACCCUUGUCAUGCACCUCUGCAAGGACACCGUCCCGGAGAAUCAGGAGUUCAUCCUACACGAGGACGGCACUUUAGUUCACAAGCAGACCGGGAAAUGCGUCAAAGCCGCACAGAAGGAGCUUGGCCAAGGCUUUGCCCCACUCUUGCGGGACUGCACCAACUCAGACAAACAGAAAUGGUUCUUCAAGGAACACGUGUGAUCGCGCGAGUCGCCUUGUCAAGGAAGGAGCCCAUCCUGGCCGUGGACUCUGCACCCAGUGAGGUGGAGGAAGUACAUGGUUGCCAUUUGUGAAUAUGUUGGUUUUCAUAAGAAUGUGAAUAAGCUUUGUACAGGCUUUGAAAACUCUGAAAAUGUCUCCCAGUACCCUGUUUUCUAAGGGCAAUCCUAAGAGGUUACCUUUGGUAUUUGGAAAGGUUAAUUAUGAUAUUUUUUUUUCUAUCAAGAUGUGCCUUUCACAAUUGUGCCUUUUAUUCUCACUAACCAAAGAGUAAAUAUUUUAUUUUGGUAUUUAUGAAGAUUCCCAGGUCGCACAAACGGAUGAUACCUCAAACGUCGAGUUAGCGUUUUCUCAGUGGGCUGAGAUGGACACUAGAAACCUUGCGUUGAUUUCUUCCAGUGCGAGCUAGAUGAGACGGUCUACAUUUAUAUUAUAAUAAAGAAAGCUCUUUGCUUACGUGUUGCGCCACAGUCAAAA